AAAGAAAGUAGUCGUGUGUGCGUACCAGAAGUCUUAUUUGAAUUUCGUAUUUGAUAACAGCAACAACUCGAAACGCAACGUUCAUUUUUCCCGAGAGAAAAUCAUAAAAAUAAUAAUUUCGAAUACACAUUUAUAAUAUUAUACCUUACACAGUGUCUCUAUUUUAAAUUAAAUAUGCGUGGAAAUUAUUCUUCGAUGGUUUUCCUACUUUUUGCAAUUGGAUUUCAAGAUAUUUUCUGUCAAAAACAAGAACCAUCAGGAAAAUGUAGAGCUCCCGAUAAGGCACCUUUAAAUCUCGAAAUAAUAAUUAAUACAUGCCAAGAAGAAAUCAAAUCCGCAUUACUUCAAGAAGCCUUAGAUAUUUUAAAUGAUGGCAAUGUGGAACAAAAUACGCCAAACUAUAGCAGUAGAUCAAAAAGAGAGGCCGAAGAAGAUUUGACAAACGAAGAACGUAGAGUUGCAGGGUGUUUGCUCCAGUGCGUCUACAAGAAAGUGAAAGCAGUUGAUGAAACUGGUUUUCCGGUAGUAGACGGCUUGAUGAAACUGUACAACGAAGGUGUCCAGGACAGAAACUACUACAUAGCUACGUUAUCCGCAGUUAGGCAUUGUAUUUCUAUCGCGCAACAGCUAAAGCAACAGCAGCCCUCCAAAAGUUUCGAUGACGGACAAACGUGUGAUCUUGCAUAUGAAAUGUUCGAAUGCGUCAGUGAAAAAAUCGAAGAAAACUGCGGAGUCGAAAAUAAGUCAAAUAACUGAAGCCAACGUCAAGUUUAAAAAGUUUUCUUUGGCUGUAUCUUACAUUCCAACACUGUACAUAACCAACUAUCUUUAAAUAAUUGUAAUUAAUUAAUGUAGUCUUAUUUUAUUUAAAUUCAAAUUGAUUGUAGUUGCUGUGUUAAUUACCAAAAAAUAAAUCUUAGAGAAAUUGUUAGUAAAACGUUUUAUUUUGAUAAAAGUUUGUUAUUACGUUAUCUUAUACAAUUACACAAAAUAACGUAAAUUUAGAUACAAGUUAAAAUAUUAAUUUUAUUUGAUACUGUGUUUUUAUUAUUAUUAUCUUUAAGGUCGUUUAUCUUAUUUAGUGGUUAAAAGACAUCCUGGAAAUAUACGUUCAUAAACCACACGA